UCACUUUUGUCCGGUAUAUAUACGGGACACGGCGCACGUUUCACCGCAGUCACGCCAAGACCCCAGACCAAGUCACGGGGCGACCACAGUAGCAGACUGGGACAACAUGACCGGCAUCGUCGACAGCUCCACGCCAAAGCCUGACAGCGAAUGCUACGCUAUGGAGGGCGACGUUGGGUGUGCAGACCCGGAGAACCAACGGCCUCUGAAACUGAAAAUCAAGCCAAAUAAGGCUAACAAGCAGGGAUGCUGUAAAAGUUGCUUGGGGGGCGGUUUCCUCAAGUCGUGCUACACGUAUACGGUUACUCUGCUCCUGCUACCGCUUAUCAUGACAGUGACGUACAUGUCCUACACUUGUAAUUAUGAAAAUGGGGAAUACGGCGCUCAAGCCGAUAUCGUCAGCUGUGCUGACCUGGGAGCAGGGAUGUUCUGUCCAGCCAACUGUCAAUCUCCCGUCUACUCAGUAUGUCCCCAAGGUUACCAGGAGAAUGGACUGCCCCCCGCCAUUCUCCGAUGCCCCCGAGGAACUGUUUGCUCCGCCCCUAAAGAGGGCGUGGUUGGGUGCGUGGAUAAAGGCGCCUGCUAUAAUACGGGUGGUGGCGCUGUACCAGUAGCUGCUCCGCUCCUUAACCGCGUGGAUGUUGACCAGGAACGGACAGGAAAACCCAACAACAGCCCAUAAAAAAGUAGGAUCGAUGGUCAAAGAAAGUCGACCUUAGUUAUAGAACGGGACAAGAAUAAGCAGUUAACAUUGCUGGAUUCAUUAAAUCGUCGAAUUGACAAGAAAUACUUUGUAGUAUAUCUGCAUAAUAGUCAUCACAUUGAUUUCGAUAGGGGCCAGAUGCUUCUUUCAACUCAUAGAUCUCAACUUCAUUGUUCACUUAGGCCGGUAUAUUUCAAAACUGUCUAUAAAGCUCUUUGGUAUUUGACCUCUACUGAACUUAUUGUGCCAAGGUUGCCAUAUUAUGAACCUUUGGCAUGAGAAUAGCUAAAUGAUUAAAAUGAUUGACAUUUAAAAUAAAGAAGUGAGUUGGACACUCAGGAAUAUUAAAACUAGCCUCAUGAUGAAUAUAGAUAUCUACAAUUCUCUCACAUUUAAGAACUUGACAAUAUUCUGUUGUUGCUGUUUUCCCAAAUUGAUGUACAUGUAUGCACCUUGUGUUAUGUUAUAAAUUUGUUAUAAAAGCAUAAAAAUUGUCUUCUUUUUUGUUUUUAAAUAAGUAAUGGAUUUAAAGGGGGUCUCGCCGAAAUGUGCAGAAAACCUUUUCAAAAAUGAUGAGUACGUUAUCUUAAGGAAAUUUGGCCUUUGGGGCGAACAGUAAAUAAAAAAUAUUUU